AUGGGUCAGUCAAUUGCUAAACUCUUCGAAAACCUCUUCAAGAACAAGGAAGCAAGAAUUUUGUUGGUCGGUUUGGAUGCCGCUGGUAAGACAACAAUCCUCUACAAACUCAAGUUGGAUGAGAACGUUACUACCAUCCCAACCAUUGGUUUCAACGUUGAAACUGUCCAAUAUAAAAAGAUUAACUUCACUAUGUGGGAUGUCGGUGGUCAAGACAAGAUUAGACCUCUCUGGAGACACUACUAUGCCAAUACAAACGCUGUAAUUUUCGUUGUCGACAGUAACGAUAGAGAUCGUAUUGGUGAAGCAAGGGAUGAAUUACAAAAGAUGUUGAGUGAUGACCAAUUGCGUGAAUGUGUUGUCUUGAUUUUGGCUAACAAGCAAGACCUUCCAAACGCUAUGAGUGCUGCUGAAAUGACUGACAAGCUUUCUCUUCACAAUUUGAGACAAAGAAACUGGUUCAUCCAACCAUGUUGUGCUAUCAGUGGUCAAGGUCUCUUUGAAGGUUUGGAUUGGUUAUCAGGCCAACUCUAA